CAAAGCGGUUUUCUCCCUCCCUCUCCCUCUCUCUCUCUCUCUCUCUCUCUCUCGCGAUCGAAUUCUCUCUCUCUCCUCCUCUCCCCGCUUCUUCUUCGACUCAGGUUCGAUCCAGAAACCCUAGAAUCCCCUCGGAGGCGAAGACGAAGUCGCCGCCGCCGCCGCCGCCUCAAUCCCGGUAAAUUAUAGUGUCCAUCGACGAUGUUAUGGACUACACUGUCGAGUGAUACAACAGGGUACACAGAUUGGAAGGUUAGGGAGUAGUAUAAGGUGAGGUAGUGUACUCAAAACUAUUCAAGUUCAGAGUUAAGAGGGUGGUGUCAUUUAUAAGAGAAUGGAACCCAAUGGGAAAGACAAUCUGAAAGCACCACUACUUCAAACUUCAGAAAAUGUUUCUGUUACUUCUCCUGGAGGAUCAAAGAAAGAUGAAAAUAAGACCAAGCAGGUUGAGUUCAGGAUUCGAGGUAUAAAAUGUGCUUCUUGUGCAGUAUCUAUAGAAUCUGUGGUGGCGAAUAUGAAAGGGGUUGAGAGCAUCUCUGUGUCGCCGCUUCAAGGUCAAGCUGUGGUCUUUUACAAGCCUGAACUGACGAAUGCACAAAUGAUAAAGCAAGCCAUUGAAGACCUGAACUAUGAAGUGGACGAGUUCCUAGAGCAGGAAAUUGCUGUAUGCCGCCUUCGAAUUAAAGGAAUGGCCUGCACAAGCUGUUCCGAAUCUGUUGAAAAAGCACUUUUGAUGGCUGAUGGGGUCAAAAAAGCCGUAGUUGGCCUUGCCCUUCAUGAAGCCAAAAUCCACUUUGACCCCAAUAUUACCAAUGCUAAUCGUCUCAUUGAGGCUAUUGAAGAUGCUGGGUUUGGAGCUGAUUUAAUAAGCUCAGGUGAUGAUGUGAACAAAAUUUAUUUAAAUGUUGAUGGCCUUCGUUCUUUAGAAGAUGCCAACCUCAUUCAAUCAGUGCUUGAAGCUGCUGAUGGUGUGAAUACUGUUGAAUUGGAUCCAUCAGGCCAGAAAGUGAUUAUAGCCUAUGAUCCCGAGCUGACCGGCCCAAGAACACUUAUUCAAUGCAUUGAAGAAGCAGGUCCGUUUCACGCGACCUUGUGCACACCUACGAGGCAAAGAGAAACAGAACAGCAGAAUGAAAUUAGGGCUUAUUGGAACCAGUUUCUUUGCAGCUGCCUGUUUACAGUCCCUGUUUUCUUGUUCUCUAUGGUUUUGCCUAUGUUUUCUACUGCUGGGGACUGGUUGUCUAGUAAAGUUUACAACAAUCUGACUGUUGGAAUGCUGCUGAGAUGGGUCCUUUGCACUCCAGUGCAAUUCAUAAUCGGCUGGAGAUUCUACAUUGGAACUUAUCAUGCACUAAAACGGGGAUCAUCUAACAUGGAUGUUUUGGUGGCAUUGGGAACUAACGCUGCCUAUUUCUACUCAGUAUAUAUCGUGUUAAAAGCACUAACAUCACAAACAUUUGAGGGAGAGGAUUUCUUCGAAACUAGUGCUAUGCUGAUAUCUUUUAUUCUGCUCGGAAAGUAUUUGGAGAUUAUGGCAAAAGGGAAGACGUCAGAUGCUCUGGCAAAGUUAACAGAUCUUGCGCCUGAUACGGCUGUUUUGCUAGAUAUGGAUAAGGAUGGAAAUGUCAUUUCUGAGAUGGAGAUUAGCACUCAGUUACUUCAAAGAAAUGAUGUGAUCAAGAUUGUUCCAGGUGCAAAAGUUCCAGUUGAUGGGGUAGUUAUUAAGGGUCAAAGUCAUGUGAAUGAGAGCAUGAUAACUGGAGAGGCAAGGCCGAUUGCGAAGAGACCAGGAGACAAGGUUAUUGGUGGUACGGUGAAUGAGAGCGGAUGGAUAUUAGUUAAGGCCACUCGUGUUGGGUCAGAAACUGCAUUAUCACAGAUAGUUCAGCUAGUGGAAGCUGCUCAACUUGCAAGAGCUCCGGUUCAGAAGAUAGCGGACAGGAUAUCACGGUUUUUUGUUCCAACUGUUGUGAUGGCUGCUUUCAUUACUUGGCUUAGCUGGUUCAUAUGUGGAAAAGCCAACCUUUAUCCAAGGCAUUGGAUACCAAAGGCCAUGGAUGAGUUUGAGCUAGCUUUGCAAUUUGGCAUCUCGGUGUUAGUUAUUGCUUGCCCAUGUGCCUUGGGACUAGCAACACCGACAGCUGUUAUGGUUGCCACAGGAAAAGGAGCUUCUCAGGGGGUCCUAAUCAAAGGUGGCUAUGCUCUUGAGAAAGCUCAUAAUGUGAAAGCUGUCGUAUUUGAUAAGACUGGAACACUAACUAUCGGCAAACCUUCUGUGGUCCAAACCAUGCUGUUCUCGAAGAUGCCGUUGCAAGAGCUUUGUGAUUUGGCUGCUGUUGCAGAGAGUAACAGCGAGCACCCUUUAGCAAAGGCCAUAGUGGAAUAUGCCAAGAAGCUCCGCGAGCAAUACGGUUCCAACACUAAUCAAAUUGCAGAAUUGAAGGAAUUUGAGGUGCACCCAGGUGCUGGAGUUAGUGCAAAUAUAGGGGACAAACAAGUUUUGGUCGGUAACAAGAAGCUAAUGCUUUCCUUUAAACUGCUUUUGAGCCCGGAGAUUGAAAAUUGCAUGUUGGAGACCGAGCAACAAGCACGGACAUGCGUGUUAGUUGCGGUUGAACGUGAAAUUUGUGGGGCUUUUGCUGUGUCCGAUCCUCUGAAGCCCGACGCUGGGCGCGUUGUUUCAUUUUUAAAUUCGAUGGGUAUCUCGAGCAUCAUGGUAACUGGUGAUAAUUGGGCUACUGCUACUGCUAUAGCUAGGGAGGUCGGGAUAAACACCGUGUUUGCUGAGACCGAUCCGGUGGGCAAAGCUCAAAAGAUCAAAGAUUUGCAGAUGGAAGGUUUGACGGUGGCGAUGGUGGGCGACGGGAUCAACGACUCCCCCGCGCUCGUCGCAGCCGACGUGGGCAUGGCGAUCGGCGCCGGGACAGACGUCGCGAUCGAGGCGGCGGACAUCGUACUGAUGAGGAGCAGCCUCGAGGACGUGAUCACGGCCAUCGAUCUCUCGCGAAAAACCCUCUCUAGGAUCCGGAUGAACUACGUGUGGGCCUUAGGCUACAAUGUGCUCGGCAUGCCGAUCGCCGCCGGCGUUCUUUUCCCCUUCACCGGAAUCAGGCUGCCCCCGUGGCUGGCUGGCGUCUGCAUGGCGGCCUCGUCGGUUAGCGUUGUCUGCUCCUCUCUCUUGCUCCAGUCUUAUAAGAAGCCAUUGCAAGUUCAUGAAGAUGAGAAGGGCUCUUAUGAGAACUCAGAUUCGGUAUGAGUUUUAAUCUUUCAUUAUGAUUUUAAUCAAGUGUUUUUUUUUUCUAUUUUUUUCUUUCUUUUUUUUGGGGGUGAAUUACGCCGCGAGUUCCCGUCGCUAAACUGUUAUUCUCGUUACAAUUUGGUCCCAAAACUUUGAUUUAUCCAAUUUGAUAUAACAUGUCAAGUUACUAUUCCUAAACCCUGAGUCGGAAACUUCCGCUGUAAAACCCUAAAUCUCAGUUCAGAGUUUAGGAGUCAAAAGUUUUUCGGACUAAGACUCAGAUUUUCUACUAGUUUUCGAGCACCUUAAUGCGACAAAUCAAAGCUUAGGGACUAGAGUGAAAUUGGAGCAAUAUUUUAGGAACAAAUGGUGUAAUUUACCCCUUUUUUUUUUUUGGUCUUAAUUGAAACUUUCUCAAUAAAGUGGUAGAAAAUUCUCUACUCUUCUUGAAUUGGAUGAUUUUCUACAAUUGUAUAUUAUUGGAUCUUUAAAUGUAGCUUGAUCAAGUUUGAUUCUUGCAACUGCUACUGCAGUA